AUGGCCGAAAUAAAGACUGGCAUAUUCGCCAAAAACGUGCAGAAGCGGCUUAAUCGAGCACAAGAAAAGGUACUGCAGAAGCUGGGGAAGGCUGACGAGACAAAAGAUGAGCAGUUUGAACAGUGUGUUCAAAACUUCAAGAGACAGGAGUCUGAGGGCUCCAGACUACAGAGGGAAAUGAGGGCGUAUGUUGCUGCUGUGAAAGGAAUGCAACAGGCUUCCAUGAAUCUGACGGAGUCACUACAUGAAGUUUACGAACCUGACUGGCACGGGAAAGAUGACGUAAUGACCAUCGGGAAGAGCUGUGACACUCUUUGGGAGGACUUUCAUCAAAAACUGGUGGACUCUACGCUUAACACAUUGGAAGCAUAUUUGUCACAGUUCCCUGACCUUAAGGUACGUGUAGCAAAGAGAAGCAGGAAGCUGAUUGACUAUGACAGCGCGCGGCAUCAUUUAGAGACCUUGCAGGCGUCCACUAUGAAGAACGAGAGAAAGAUCGCAAAGGCUGAGGAGGACUUGAAAAAAGCCCAAAGGGUAUUUGACGAUCUCAAUGUGGGCCUGCAGGACGAGUUACCCACCCUUUGGGACAGUCGAGUUGGGUUCUAUGUGAGCACCUUCAAGAACGUCAGCAGCCUGGAGGCCAAGUUCCACAGGGAAAUCUCCUUUCUCUGCCAUAAACUGUAUGAGGUGAUGAACAAGCUAGCAGAGCAGCAUUCAGACAAAAUGUUCACCAUCCAGGGUGCACCCAGCGAUUCGGGUCCUCUCCGCCUUGCGCGCACCCCCACGCCCCCUGAUGAUGAGAGCCCAGCUGGCAGCCCAGAAGCCAGCCCCAAUCACAUGCUGAGGCCUACCUCUCCUGGUCCACCCCGACCCAAAUCCCCGACACAGCUAAAGAAGGGACCCCCAGUACCACCUCCACCUAAAGUCACCCCCACCAAGGAGCUACACCAAGAACAGAUCAUCGACCUGUUUGAUGGAGGCUUUCCUGAGAUCAGUGUUACUUCGCCGCAGCCGAAUGAGAGGCCUGGAGAGUCUCUCUUGGACUUGGACUUUGAUCCCUUUAAGCCUGAUGCUAACACACCCAUUGGACAGACUCAGUCUCCAAUUUCUCAGACACUACCCUGGGAUCUGUGGACGGCAAACUCUGAGCCUGCACAGCCUGUCCCAGAUGCUGGUUUCACAGCCAAUUGGGCUGAUUUUGGCAGCGCUGCCGCUGCUGGUGACUCUGAGGCUGCACCUGCGGAGGCCGCAGCAGAGGGACAGAGCUGGCCCCCAGCGGAAGGAUGGGGCGCAGAGGCAACGCAGCCCCAGGGAGAGACAGCCGGAGAUGAGACGGAUGCCACAGCUCCAGCAUUUGUUGCAGAUUUUGAUAAGAUGACAGAGGCCCCUGAGGGCCCGGCUGCUGAGACAGAGGCCGCCCCAGCCCCAGCCUCAGUGUCUGAGGGGGAUGAGGCCAAGGUCACUACUCCCCCAGCAGCUACUGAAGGCAAGGUCACCACUCCCCCAGCAGCUACUGAAGACAAGGUCACCACUCCACCUGCUGCUACUGAAGGCAAGGUCACCACUCCACCUGCUGCUACUGAAGGCAAGGUCACCACUCCACCUGCUGCUACUGAACCAACUGACACCACUGCAGGCACUCCACCUGCAGAGACAAUCACUAGCCCUGUGGAAUCUCCAGUGUCUGCAGAGACUGUGCCAACUGAGGAAACUGAGAUACCCCCAGGUGGUGAGACUGAGAAAGAACAACCCAGCCAAGAGGCUCCGGAAUCUCCUCCAGCUCAAGAGACAGAAAAGGCGUCGCCAUCAGCAGAGACUGUGGCUUCAGCUGACGACAAGGGUUCGCCCACUGAUGAGACUCCGACUGUAGUGGCCAAACCAGAAGAUGAGGCCAGUACAGUAGAAGUCAAACCAGAGGAUGAAACGAGUGCAGUUGAAACCAAACCAAUGGAUGAAACCAGUACAGUUGAAACCAAACCAGUGGAUGAAACCACUGCAGUUGCAGCCAAACCAGGGGAUGAAACCAGUAAGGAUGAUGGUGCAAACAGUGGGCCAGAGGAGGAGAAGAUGCCUAUUCCCUCUGUUGUGAUUGAACCUGCCUCCAGUAAUGAGGGUGAUGAUGACCGUGAUGGUGACAUCACUUCCCCAACAGCAGCCAGUGACAAUGGAGUGACACCAGAGACAGCCAAAGACAUCACUUCCUCUGAUAUGACUGGCACCCCUGGAAUGCCACCUGGCUUUCUCUAUAAGGUUGAAGCAAUGCACGAUUUUGCAGCUGAAAACUCAGAUGAGCUCGAGCUUAAGAAAGGCGAUAUUGCGCUAGUAGUUCCCACAGAGCUGGCAGAGGAUCAGGAUGCUGGAUGGCUCACUGGCAUUAGGGAGAGUGACUGGUUACAGCAAGGGAGCUCUGCUCGCAAAGGACUGUUUCCUGAAAACUUCACACAACGUGUGGGGUAA